AUGAGCAGGUUCAUGUGCUCACAGUCAUCCAACCUGAUCAGCUGUUUCACUCACACACCCAGCAAAAAACUUUCUCUGAAGAGGAAAGGAAGCUCCACCGUAUACUUGAGGACUCACAGUCAGAUCGAGAAGAGACGCAGGGAUAAGAUGAACAGCUUCAUAGAUGAGCUGGCAUCGUUAGUGCCUACAUGCAAUGGUAAAUCACACAAACUGGACAAACUCUCAGUCCUGCGUAUGGCAGUCCAACACAUGAAGACCUUACGAGGUUCUGCUAGUAACCGUUACACAGAAGUUAAUCACAAACCUGCCUUCUUAUCAGAUGAGGAACUAAAACACUUAAUACAGAGGGCAGCUGAUGGCUUUCUGUUUGUUGUUGACUGUGAUCGAGGGAAAAUACUGUUUGUUUCUGAAUCAGUAUACAAGAUCCUAAAAUACAGCCAGAAUGACCUGAUUGGUCAGAGCCUGUUUGAUUAUAUGCAUCCUCAAGACAUCGGCAAAGUCAAGGAGCAGCUGUACUCAGCGGUUACCGAACCGCGAGAGAAAAUCAUCGAUGCAAAAAUGGGUCCUUUAGUGAAGACAGAUAUCAACCCAAGUUCUUUAAGACUUUGUUCUGGGGUGAGACGCUCAUUUUUCUGCAGGAUGAAGUGCAACCGAAACAUGGAAGAUGAAGAUUUUUCCACCAGCUGCUUGAAAAAAAAUGCAGAUCCUAUGGGCUUCUGCACCAUUCACAGCACUGGUUACUUAAAGAGUUGGUCUCCCACUGAGGUGGAUCUGUAUGAAAAUAAUGAGGACGACAAUGAUGGAUGUAACUUAAGCUGUCUGGUGGCUGUUGGUCGUUUACAUCCCCACUCUAUUUCUCAGCCAGUGCAGAAUCACAUUAAGCUCAAGCCCAUCGAGUUUGUUUCACGUCUUGCUAUUGAUGGAAAGUUUGUCUUUGUAGAUCAAAGGGCCACUGCAAUUUUGGCUUAUCUACCGCAAGAGCUGCUGGGAACUUCAUUUUACGAAUACUGUCAUGAAGAUGAUAUUGCUCAUUUAGCUGAGUCUCACCGGCAAGUGCUGCAGAUGAGAGAGAAGAUCAAUACGAACUGCUACAAGUUAAAAAUAAAAGAUGGCUCAUUCAUCACACUGAGAAGCUGCUGGUUCAGUUUUAUGAACCCUUGGACCGAAGAGGUGGAGUACAUCGUCUCUACCAAUACUGUAGUCAGUGAAAGGAUGUGCAUGUCCACUGUGAGCUCAGAGGGCCAGAAGGUGUUUGAGGAGGCUGUUCCAUCUGUGGGGAACCUGGUGGGGGGAAAGGUGGAGACUUUGGCCAGACAGAAGCAAAGGGGCAACCGAGCCCAUGACUACUCAACGACACAGGAGGUCACAGCUUCAGCCAAAGAGGAUGUUUUUGAAGCACCGGAGGCUGCACAAGAGGUUUAUGCUGAGGGCUCUGCGCCUCAGUCUCCAGGUCAAGCUAAAGAAGGUCAAGAUUUGUACCUGGCAUGA